CCGUGGUGGCCGGAGGCGGCGGCGGCUGCGGCGGUGGUGAAGGCGACGCGUCCCAGACGGACCAAGUCUCCUGCUGCCUGGAGCUGGCCUGGAAUGGGUAAUGGUGUGAAGGAAAGUGCGGUGCGUGUGCGUGAGGAUGCCGAGGCCGUCCUGCCCUCACCUGUUAAUUCCAAGAGCGACCACAGGCAAGUUCUCAGCUCCCUCCUGUCUGGGGCCCUGGCUGGUGCUCUGGCCAAAACGGCGGUAGCUCCCCUGGACCGAACCAAAAUCAUCUUCCAAGUGUCUUCAAAAAGAUUUUCUGCCAAGGAGGCCUUCCGGCUCCUCUACUUCACCUACCUCAACGAGGGCUUCCUCAGCCUGUGGCGCGGGAACUCGGCCACCAUGGUGCGCGUGGUGCCCUACGCCGCCAUCCAGUUCAGCGCCCACGAGGAGUACAAGCGCAUCCUGGGCCACUACUAUGGCUUCCGCGGAGAAGCCCUGCCCCCUUGGCCCCGCCUCCUGGCAGGCGCACUAGCUGGAACAACAGCUGCUUCGCUGACCUACCCCCUGGACCUGGUCAGAGCAAGGAUGGCCGUGACCCCAAAGGAAAUGUACAGCAACAUCUUUCACGUCUUCAUCCGCAUCUCCCGAGAAGAGGGCCUGAAGACCCUCUACCACGGGUUCACGCCCACCGUGCUGGGGGUCAUUCCCUACGCCGGCCUGAGUUUCUUCACCUAUGAGACGCUCAAGAGCCUGCACAGAGAGUACAGCGGCCGCCCACAGCCCUACCCCUUUGAGCGCAUGAUAUUUGGGGCCUGCGCUGGCCUCAUCGGGCAGUCAGCCUCGUACCCUCUGGACGUGGUGCGGCGGCGCAUGCAGACAGCCGGGGUCACAGGUCACCCGCACGCAUCCAUCGCGCACACGCUGCGUGCCAUCGUGCGGGAGGAGGGCGCCGUGCGUGGCCUCUACAAGGGCCUGAGCAUGAACUGGCUCAAGGGCCCCAUCGCCGUGGGCAUCAGCUUCACCACCUUCGACCUCAUGCAGAUCCUGCUACGGCACCUGCAGAGCUAG